AUGGAUAAGAAUCAAAUUCAUCGCCUAAAGCUCACAAUCUUCAACAAGUCGAGAUCAAUUGGACAUGUUCACGUAUUUGGCGACAGUUCAAAUGGCCGAAGUGAAAUCGUGCGGCAAAUAAUACGACAAAACCAUCAAAAUUCAUGGGUUUGCGCAUUCGGCGAUUUAAUGUACGCCGAAGGCUCUGCGAAACUUCUUCUCGAAAAUCUUGCAAAUGAGCUCGGCAUUCGACCAAAAAGCGAUAAAAUAGAAGAUUUCUUUUAUAACGUCUAUAAUUUUGCCGAUUGGCCGAAAGAAUCGAAGAAAAAACAGCUAUUACUGUUUUUGGACAAUGCCCAUGCGGUCGUAAAGUACCAUCCAGUGUAUAUGAGAUGUUUCUUCAAUUCCUAUAAAUGUAUUCCUGAAAUGACUGUCCGAUUCGUCACAAGUGCCCCAUCUUGUUGGGAAACCUAUCAAACGAGCAUCGCACUUGGCCAUUUGCCGAUCAUCCAAUUCCAUAUUCGGGCUCCGAAUGAGGUCAAUGUGCUCGAGCUCAUUCUUAAAUCCAAUUCGAAAAUGAAUCCGACGUUUGCCAGAAUGGGAGUCACUGCGUUGUUUCAGCAUUGUCGAGCACCCAAUACCCUUCUAUCCAUUAUCUCCGACGCUUAUAAGGAAUACGAUAUGAGGGAGAAUAUCGAUGUUACGAAAGUCAACGAGCUUCUCAAAAAAGCUGCCGAACCAAAAUUGGGAAUUGGGCGGCCAAAGGAGGACAUCGAGAACGCCACGGAUAGUUUCGAAUCAAUGCCGCUUUCGAUGCGCUUUUUACUUCUGGCUGCGUAUUGUGCAAGUAAUAAUGCGCCAAAUACGGAUCGCCGGUUUUUUGUCAAGAAUCACGGUCGAGACAAGCGUUCUGAGAAGCAAGAGAUUCAUUCCGAGCAAGUGCGCCAACUGAAGGACAUGGAGCCGAAAACCGCCGAUCUGCAACGCAUUAUUUGCAUUUAUGAGACAUUGGUGCGGUUUUGUCUCGACAAACCAAUUCGGGGUUUCGAUGUCAAAAAUGUGUUGUCUUCGCUUCAUUCCAUGGGUCUUGUGACGACUACAAGCCUCUCGAAUCUCGACCAACCAAAGAUCAAGUGUAUGCUUUCAUUGGAAAGUGCAUACAGAAUUGCGGCAUCCCUCAAAGUUGAGCUUCGCAAUUAUUUGGAAUACACAAAUUGA